GGUAGUGUUCAAAGUCCAAGUUGUUAAUGGGACAGGUAAGGUGGCAAAUGGAAGGUGACAUGUUGUGAAAAAAAUUGUUGCUAAAAACCCGGCAAACAAUUUGUGAUCUUAGUCAAAAGAUUUAAAUUGUAAUAGCCGUGAAAUUUUGCUAUCAAAAUAUUGCCAUUGCAUCCAUGCUAUAAGGUCACUUAUUUUGUUCAUAUUUUUAAUGGCCUAGCCUAGAUCCGUAUCUGCGAGAGGCCACAACAAGGUUUUGUUUGUUGACCACAAUCAGGUAAAGAAUGGCUCGCUUUCGUGCAUCCUUCGGACGAAUUUUAACAAUUGGUGGAUUGACGGCUGCUACAAGUUCUGUGGCUGUUUACAACGCAUUUGUAACUGAUAGAGCCUCAGCACAAUCUCCGAUAUUAGAUGCCCCGGUUGAAACUCUCGAAGAACGACUGAAAGCAAAACAGUGGGACUCUGAUUGGGAUAGGAGGAAUUUCGGCGAUAUAAAAAGGAUAAUCGCGUCAAAAAACCUAAAUGUGAUUGAUGAUACUGUGUUGAAAAAGAAUUUUUCAGUUGAAAGUGACAGCUCGAGCGGUGAAGAAGAUGCAACAGAAGAUAAGAUAAAAAAGCCAAAAGCAACCAGGCAUUUGAUAUUUGUUCGCCAUGGGCAGUAUAACAGUGGUAAAAGUGAUGACGAGAAAACAUUGACUGAUCUUGGAAGAAAGCAAGCAAUUAACACUGGCAAUAGGUUGAAGUCCUUGAACAUAAAGUUUGACAGAAUAGUUCAUUCCACCAUGACAAGGGCCAAGGAAACAGCAGAACUAAUAAAAGAAAGUCUGGAUGAUGUAAGCUGUGAGAGUUGUUCUUUGCUGAGAGAAGGAGCUCCUUGUCCCCCAGAGCCAAGCUCAUCUAGUAAUUGGAAACCUGAGCGUUGGGAGUAUUUUCAAGAUGGUUCAAGAAUAGAAGCAGCAUUUCGUAAAUACAUCCACCGAGCAGAUGUCAAGCAAACAAAUGAUAGCCAUGAGUUGAUAGUUUGCCAUGCCAAUGUCAUUCGAUAUUUUGUUUGUAGAGCUCUGCAAUUUCCACCAGAAGGAUGGCUUCGAAUGAGCAUUGCCAACUGUGGUCUAACUCAAUUGACAAUCAGGCCAAAUGGAAGAGUCAGUUUGAAGUCACUGGGGGAUGCUGGUCACCUUCCACCUGAUCAGAUUACUUUCAAGUGAAUUUGAAGUAGUAAUUUGAUUACACCCAAGUUAAUUUGAAAUAAUUUGUAAAUAUUUUGAUUUACUGGUUUCAUUCUCAUUCACUUUUUGCAGGCCGGUACAAUUAAAAAGAGCAAUAACUUAGCUUAUUGAAGGAAUACACAAUGCAUCAGAUACCCAGGUUUAAGUUUAUAUUUUGUGUACUCUAAUGUCAUGAGUAAAUGCCCCCUUCAUCUUUAUUUGUUUUUGGGAUUUUUUAAGACCCCUGCGCAUUAUUUCAACUCUUUUUUCAUCAACAAAACCUUUCACUAAAAUUGAAAAUUCUAAGUUCCUUAGCACGCCUUCUGCAAUACUUAAGUUCAUAAGGGGUCCCCCUGUUUAUUAACUUUCAUUUUAAUAAUAACAUUAUUUCCAUAUUGUAUUGCAGUAUUGCAUUUAUGAUGCCUAAUAUUUUCCCAUGUUUUGUCACAAAUUUCUCCUGUAAAUCAAAAUUGAAUCUGAGAUUUGAACUACACUUGUGUAUCAGUAAACAGUACAGCAUUGUGAUACAGUAGGAUCCUGACUAGUUCAUUUGAUGUUUCUUCUCAAGCAAUCAUUUAAUUGCAUUCUGGUGUAUCUAGUGUCUGAAAAGUUUCAAUUACCUUUGAGCAGUUACAUUAUGUUAUAAAAAUUGUAUAGUGCAUUGAAAAAAGGAGUUGAGGUAAGGAUUAGGAAGUGAAAGGUUAUUGGUGGUGGAGUAAUGAGUGACUUGUGUUUAGAUUUUGUUGAUCAUUAAAUGUUUCUGAAUAACUAUGUUGGGAGCAUAUCUGUCAAUGCUUUAAAAAUCAAUCUUUUAAAAUACAGUAAAUGGAAAAUUUUUCCAUUUUUUUCUCAAAUAAUUCUAAAUUCAUUCUCAAAUUAAGCUUCUACAAUAGAACUAUUUACAUUUUGCAUCCCAGGCACAAUUAUGUGCAUAUUCACUUUCCUCACAUUUCUUAUGCAAAUGGGUUGUUUUUUUAAAAUUAUCAAUAGAAAUGAAAGAAACUUUGCUAGAGCAGAACUCGGUCUUUAAUGCCACUUGUAAGGGAGAUAAUUUGCUCAAAACAAUGCAUUGCCACAAAAUUGUUCAAGCUAUAUUUGGCAACUUAAACCACAGUAUCUAGUUUCCCUAAAUCUAGCUUUGAAAAACUGAGUUAUUAUCUUGUUUUUUCUUUUUGACAAUGCAGUUGUGAUUUCUUUGGCAUUCAAGAAUAAUAUUAUUCCAAGACAACUGCUUAUAGCAUAAACUUAACUCAAGCAUUAGAACUGUACAUACUUUUGUGUAGAUGAUGAUAAGAUACAUUUUUAUAAAUGUUGAUAUGAUCUCA